CAAAACACGUCACGAUGAAUUCAAGAAAGAAGCACAAUGUCAACUUCACCAAACCAGCAGAACCUGCCUUCAUAACGCGAAUGAAAAAAGAGGCUGGCUAUGUGGAAGGACCCAGUGUUGAAACCAAAAAAGAACAACUACCUGAAUUCAACGAAGAUGAUUUCCAAGUGAAAGAUGACGAAAAGCCAGUUGUUGUUGUUAUGAACGAAGGUGAUUUAACAGCUGAAGAAGCAGAGUCAAUUGAAAAAGUUCAAAAACAAAUUGCAGCAAAGGAAGAAAAAGCAGACUUGUCACAGAAAAUUGUGUUUAAAAGAAAAAAAGAGAGCAGUGAUAAAAACAAGGAGGAACAAUCUAAAUCUGCAGAAGAAUCAAAGGAAUCAAAAAGAAAAAAACAGAAAACUAAAGUAACAAAAAGUGUUUUAUCGUUCAAUGAAGAGGAUGAAGAAGUGUAACAUAACUCGCCAAAACAAAAUAUGAAAUUAUGUAAAUUUAUCUAUUUCAAAAUGAAAUGUGAUAUACGAUGAUUUUGAAUGCUCCAAUUUUAGUGGAGCAAUUGUAAAAAUUGAUGACUGUAUAAUAGUGUAAUUUUUAGUUAACUUUAUUAAGCUUUUAAUAAUUGUUUAAAUAUGGAUUGAAUUAUUAAGAAGAAGCCUUGACUGUACAAUAUAACAUUGUCAUUUACUGCUUACUACUAAAAUCAUGUUUUUAAAUCUGAAAAAAUUUCUAUUGUUCUAUCAAAUCUAUUCAUAUAACUGUAAAAUUUUGUUUGAAAAAAUUUAAAAUAGUAAUAGAAUUUGUAAUAGAGUAUUUUGAUAACUUUUUGUAAACUAAUUAUUUUUUAAGCCUUAUUAAACAUUAACCAGCAAUGA